CGACUGUUGGCCUCCGUUCCGUGUUAUGUCUGUGGUGUGAAGUGCUCAGUUAACAUUGUGUGUGUUGUGGCUUUAGGUCUUCCCGCUUUCCAGUGACUGCUGAAUACACGUGUUACAUUCUGUAUGUCAAACGUGAUACGGUAUGAAAUGUCUCUAAUAAUUAAAGCUCUUGACACUCCUGGUAUAAAAGAUGCUCUCAAAAGGCAUCUCAAAGGUAUGCUCGAUAAUGGUGCUCAUCUAUUCAACGUCGAGAAUCUUGGCUUGCGACGCCUUCCCAAUGUAUUUCAUGUUCAAGGAGAAAGGCAAUAUGAAGGGCACUACUUCCUCAUUAAUUUCAAUGCGCCACAUGAUUCACUUAACCAGAUAAGAAAAAUGGCGCGUAAAGACUCAGAUAUCAUCAAGUGUUUCGCUGCCCUUAAAGACGAUGGAUGGGUGCCACCGUGUUCAUUGCCAAAUGCAGCUAAUUGCGAAUUCGGCGAAAUCAGGAAUCCGAAUUAUGAAAAGACGGCUAGACGAAGACACGGUUACCGAUUGUAUUAAAUGGGAGUAACCAUCAAGUAUAUAAUAGACGAAAGCUUGUAAACUAA